AUGUCCCUAGGCAGGACAGUCAGUGCCGUAGGUGGUGCUUGUUCUUGCUCAGGGCUUGACAGAAGGAUAACUGCUCCUCUGAAGGAUCGGAGUAUUCGUUAUAGUUUGGAUGUUAGUGUGGAUGAAGUGAAAGCCUUAGCAUCUCUAAUGACAUACAAAUGUGCUGUGGUUGAUGUGCCAUUUGGUGGGGCAAAGGCUGGUGUCAAGAUCAAUCCCAAGAACUACACAGACAAUGAGUUGGAAAAGAUCACAAGAAGGUUUACCAUGGAGCUGGCAAAAAAGGGCUUUAUUGGACCUGGUGUUGACGUGCCUGCUCCUGAUAUGAGCACAGGGGAGAGGGAGAUGUCCUGGAUUGCUGACACCUAUGCCAGUACCAUAGGACACUAUGAUAUUAAUGCACAUGCAUGUGUGACUGGUAAACCCAUCAGCCAGGGUGGGAUCCACGGGCGUAUAUCUGCAACUGGUCGUGGUCUCUUCCAUGGAAUUGAAAAUUUCAUCAAUGAAGCAUCAUAUAUGAGUAUAUUGGGAAUGACUCCUGGAUUUGGGGAUAAAACAUUUGCUGUUCAGGGAUUUGGUAACGUGGGCUUGCAUUCUAUGAGAUACUUGCAUCGUUUUGGAGCAAAGUGCGUUGCUGUUGGAGAGUUUAAUGGUUCUAUCUGGAAUCCUGAUGGGAUUGAUCCAAAGGAACUAGAAGAUUACAAAUUGCAACACGGGACAAUUAUGGGCUUCCCUAAAGCACAGACACUUGAGGGCAGUAUUCUGGAAACAGACUGUGACAUUCUCAUCCCUGCUGCCAGCGAGAAGCAGUUGACUAAGGCCAAUGCUCACAAGGUUAAAGCAAAAAUUAUUGCUGAAGGUGCCAAUGGGCCUACGACUCCUGAAGCUGACAAAAUCUUUUUGGAGCGGAAUAUCAUGGUUAUACCUGAUCUUUACCUGAAUGCUGGUGGUGUAACAGUAUCCUAUUUUGAGUGGCUGAAAAACUUGAACCAUGUCAGCUAUGGCCGCUUGACUUUUAAGUAUGAAAGGGAUUCAAACUACCACUUGCUCAUGUCUGUCCAGGAAAGCUUGGAAAGAAAAUUUGGGAAACAUGGUGGGACUAUUCCCGUUGUGCCUACAGCAGAAUUUCAAGAUAGGAUAUCAGGUGCAUCUGAGAAGGACAUUGUCCACUCUGGGUUGGCUUACACAAUGGAGCGUUCUGCCCGACAAAUCAUGCGUACUGCCAUGAAGUACAACCUGGGCCUGGACCUGAGAACAGCUGCCUAUGUCAAUGCAAUUGAGAAAGUCUUCAAAGUGUACAAUGAGGCCGGCCUGACCUUUACAUAAACAGGCAUUACCGCUCCUUACUGUAUCCCAUCCCUCUCGCCGUUAAUGUACCUACCCUCUUCUUGAGAAAGCUUAUCACAAGUUUACAUGUAACCACAAAAUUUUCUUUUCUUCUGACAUUAUAGUGGAUUCUAUUCUCAAUUAGUUUCAGUCCAAACUAGUCUUUUUUUUAACAAUAAAAAUCCAUGGAUUAGGAAAUUGUAUACAAGUAUACAUCUGAAGAUAACAGUUCAUCUGCACUUGUGGGGGCCAUUCUGGGUAUUUUGCCUACAAAACAAAAAUGGUACAUUUUAUGUAUGAAAGAGUGGUCUUGCCACCUGAGCCACUUCUCAGACUUCAGAUCAGAUACUGUACUAGAUGAGCACAUAGCUCAUUAUUACUUCAUGCACUUUUGUUUAAUGAUGUAAUUUUGGCUUUGGCACUUUCAGUUAGGCCUUGUAUGAUCAAUGCUGUGGCAUUGUCAAAGGAAGAACGGGCCUCCAGCAGGGAUUAACUUUGAUAGGAGUCUAAUUUUUAUUUGUAGUAAAGCUUCAGGCCUGAUUCUCUUAGGCAAUGUUUUUUUCUUUAACUGUGCUGCUGUUACAGGACUGCCUUUUAUUGCUUUUUCAAGCUAGCUUGACUAUCACCAUGAAGUAUGUAGAGGUGACAGACUAAUAUUUUUGUAAGCUGAAACUAUCAAGCAACUCUAGUUACAUUUUUAAUCAAGUAUCUACAUAAUUAUAGGUUGUUUCCUUUUUUUAGAAAAAAGGAAUUUGGUAAGCAAUCAUACUUAGGUUUUUUGGAAUGCUUUUUCAGUCUUUUCAUUUCAGAGGCUUUUUGAGAAUUAGAUACUGCCUCAGUGAACAACUAAAGUGAAACUGAAUCUAGAAAUCAUUGGCCAAACUACAGAGGAGCUAGAAUGCUGCUAUAAACUUAAUCCACUGUCUUAACACACACAGCCUUUUUUCUUUUUAGUUCCCCAUCAGAAGGUCGUGAAAGUUUUGAACAUACUAGAAUACAACAAAAUGGACCUCAACACAAUAUUGGAUCAAGCACAGUUUUCAAAGUGUAAGGCUUUUGUCCAGUGGAGUCCCCUUGAAGUGCCAGAUGUUAUUUAUGUAAUGAAUAUGAAUGUUUUUUUUAAAAGACAACUUAGUCCCUCCCAGAAACUCAUGCUUUUUUUCUAACUACUUUGUAACUGCAUGACAUAACCUGGAGAGAAGAGCAGAUAUUAAAAAAAAUUGACCUUUCCAAACC